UUGAAUGUAUUACAACGUAUAGGAUUAUGCGACCAUUACAGUGAAAUAUCGUUUCAAUAAACACGUCAAUCGCUAUGUUCAAAUUUUGGUGCGUUAUUUUUUUUAUAUGCCUCCCGGCAUGCCUGUGCAACAGUGAUAUUAUAUUAGACAACCCUGAAGAUUAUAUAUGUCAAUUUACAAAAUGUCUCAAUAAGUGUUGUUCUAAAAAUCAGUAUGUGAAUACAACAGUAUGGUAUUUGAGUACUUGUGUCGAAAAUGAUGAGAAUUAUAAUCUAGAUUUUUCAAAUGUACAACUGUACGAUACUGAGGAACAUUCGAGAAAAAUUAACAAGAAGCUUGGUGAUCUUUUUCGUUUGAAACCAGGUUUAUUUAACGAUAAUGAAACGUUCUUUUCCUUUGCUGCUCAACUUGAUCUCCUGCAACUCAUAAGUUAUUUAAACGAGGAUGGAUAUCUCUAUUUAGAGUCACCCAAUGCUUACAAAAGAUGGAGGAUACUUAAUAAAGACAAUUUCUGUGUAGAUUAUGGAAUUAAGAAUAAUAUAUCGACAAUACAAUUCUGGGGAAUUCUUGAAGAUGAGUAUCAACCUCCCGCUUAUAAAACAUAUUAUCAGACUUCAGGUCUCAUUAUAUCAUCAAUAUUCCUCUUUCUUCUGUUCUUGGUAUACUGUGUACUCCCGGAAUUGCGAAACAUCGGCGGUAUGGUGCUUAUGGCCUAUGUUAUAAGCCUCAUGGGAGCCUUUGUGUCUCUUACCGUAAUGAACUUGAGCACACUGAGAGAAACCGAUUGUAUUGUAAUAACUACUUUCAUUUACUUCUUUUUCCUGUCUGCAUUCACGUGGAUGAAUGUUAUGUCGUUUGAUAUUUGGUGGACGUUUCGAGGUUACGCUAAAGCGCGGCCCAUACACAGAAAAGGCGAAAAAUUCAAGUUUUGUAUGUACUGCCUGUAUGCUUGGGGAGUACCUCUGUCCAUGUCAAUUGGAUUUGUGCUGAUCAACGCUGCUGAUCUCCGUGAUAUGCCGUGGUUCAUUCAACCGAAUGUACCCGCUUUUGGAUGCUUUAUUAAUGGUGGUCAACAGUUCGUAUACUUAUACAUUCCAAUGCUGAUAUUGAUUAUAUGCAAUUGGAUGUUUUAUCUGUUAACUGCGUUCAAUAUAUGGCGUCUAAGUAGAGGUACCGCCAGGGUCCUUAACUCGGAAGCUGCUGGCAACCCUGCUGCGCAUCGUACACAAAAACAGAGAUUCAUGGUAUAUAUAAAGUUAUCAGUUAUAAUGGGAAUUAACUGGAUUCUCGAAGUGAUCAGCUCCUUUUCUCCAGAACUAAACAUUUGGUUUGUUUCUGACACUUAUAAUCUGUUCAUUGGAGUCAUUAUAUUCUUGAUUUUCAUAUGCAAGAGGUCUAUCUACAAUAAAUUAUUGAUCAGAUUCAAAGGAAUGAGGCAAUAUAACCUGCCGAAGAGAUCUCUUACUUCUAGCUUCACAUUGGAAUCAAAUUUAAGUCAAGAGGCACCGCCCAGUGUUUGUGUGAACCCUAAAGGCGAAAGGAAACGGUCUUUGGAACAAAAACCUACAUUUGAAAUUUAAUAAGAGUUCAAUGGACAUUGAGAGAAAAACACUUUUCUAAGGGAGAGGAAGACCAAAGAAAUACGAAAUAAAUAUUUAAUUGGUACAAUUUCUGAUGUUUACCAAUAGCAUAUUAUAAUUUAUUAUGAAUAUAGAGUACAGUAUAAAUUCAAAUUGAUACAUUGAUUUUUGUAACUCGUUAAUCUAUGUCACCAA